AUGAUUACAUAACAACAAACAUUUUGCUUGUUAUUUCUAAUCAUAAAUUGCAUAUCAGCAUAGAAGCCCUGUGGUCUAUAUAUAUUUGAUGAGGUUGGAUGUGUCUCAUCAACUUAUGAAAAAUGUAAUGUAAUUUGAAAUCAAAAAGGUUCUUGGAAUGACUUCUUGAGUGCCUGUCAGGCAACAGAAUCAAACAAUAUUGGUUGUUCAGCCACACUCAAUAGAUUAGCGUGCAUUAAUUAAUUGCAAUAUCCUAAUUAGGAUUGGGCUUAUUGUAAAAGCAUCUAUAAUAUAAAUAGGUCGGUUUUCUGGAUAUUGUCGUGAAAUAACAGGUUCGACAUCUUGUUCUUCGAAUCUUUCGAAGCCAGCAUGCUUGGCUGUAGUGGGAAAACCGUGUUAAUGGUAAGGAUUUUGCUUGGACAUGUCAGCCUCACAGUUUUAGGAGUCAUUGGCCAAGGCUUAAAAUGACCCUACCUUCAUGAACCAAGCAAAUAUCUCAAUAUGCCAAUCAAUCACUGGAAUUUCUGUUGUUCAUUAAUCUAGUGCUUUCCCUUACAUAGUUUAACUCAUUGAUAAAUAUGGUUCGGAUAAUGUUAUGUUAAGCAAAUAUAAAGCUUUGCUGGCCAUUCCAGGAUGCCUUGAAGUGGAUGUUAAUUUGUUGAAUCUAUUGACUUGUUCUGCUGCUGGAUUGAAUUCAGCUGCUUGUAAAAAUAUCUCAACGCCAGGAUUCAAAUGUAAAUUUUAGAAUGGUUAAUGUAUCAACGUAACAGAUUUUUAAAACCUAUCUUGCCAAGAUAAUAUUAAUAAGGAAGCAUGUCUGAGUGUAACAAAUAUCAAAUAGCCAUGUUAUUGGAGUAAUGGAUGCUAACUAUACACUGGUAAGGCAGAUUGUAGUGUUAAAAUUCAACCCGUCUCUCCAUCUUUUUGCGCUGCGAUAAAUUACGUGGACAAAUCAGGAAAUGAUUAAGAAUGUUUCUAUUAUCAAAAGAAAUAAAAAUGCAGUGAAUUGUGUAGAGCAAAGUCACUUCAAUUACCAACAAGUCAAAAAAGUUGUAAUUCUUCAAGUUAUAAUUGUGUCUAUCAAAAUAACUCAUGUCUAUUUAAAGGUGUAAAGUCUUAGUGUGGAUUACUCGGAUAAAAUUAAUUUUCUUGCAUGAAUGUUAGUGAAAAUUGUCAAUUUGUAAAUGGAAUUUGUAGGUAGAUUGCUGAUUUAUCAACUGUUAAAUGCGGGGACAAUCUUAAUCAACAAGCAUGUUAGAACAUAGUUGCUGUUGGAUAAGUGUGUAAAUAUGAUAAAACUGAAAAAAAAUGUAAAGUAUUAAAAUUGGAUUUUUAUGAAACUUGUGAAAACCUAUAAUUUGUAAAUGAGAAUGCAUGUAGAAGAAUUACUGACUCAGCAUGUUACUGGGUAGAUGGAAGUUGCAAAAUACCUGUUGCCAAAGUAAGUUGCACAGCGAGAGGAUUGAACAGGAUAGCUUGUUUAUAGAGUAACAUGGGGCCUUGUUAAUGGAGUAAAGAAGCUGGGAUGUGUUAGAGUGUUAAUGUUAUUGAAAAUCAAACAUCUUGUGAAUCGUUAAAAUUAGUGAAUGAAUUUGCUUGCAGAAUGGUUUAAUUUAAGAAUGGUGUAUAGGAAGAGCAUUGUAAAUAUAAUUCAAAUACUUACUAAUGCUAACUAUUUUCAAAGGAAUUAGUGGCUCCUUUUACAAUCAAUUGUCUCACCUAGGGUUUAAAUAAAAGAGGGUGCUUGGAUGUAUUGGAUCCGACAAUAGCUUGCAAAUGGACUAGUUAAGGAUGUACAAAACUAACUUCUGUGACUUCAGCAUGUUCAGGACUAGUCAAUGUAACUGCCAAAGCUUGUGCAUUAAUCACAGGAGAAGUGUGUGGAUACGAUGAGGAAUAGACUAAAUGCACUACAAGUAUUAAAAAGAAUGCAAAGAGUUGCACUAAAUUAGAACUUAAGGAUAGUGUUUUGAAUGGGAAUGCAUGUGCUUUCAUAGAGCCAGAUGGUGACUUAGCGUGUUAUUUCGAUGCUGUAAAUUUGUCAUGUAGUCCAGCUGCAGCCUAGUUGAACAAAAUAAAAUGUAGUGACUCAUUCCCUAAUAAAUUUGCUUGUCUUUCAAUUACAACACCAGGACAAAGAUGUUAAUGGAAUACUUUAAAAAGAUUAUGUGAAGACAUUAAGAUGCCAUCUUACGAUUCAUGCGAAUAUAUAACAGAUGUUAAUGAUAACACUUGUGUUGGAUAUGAGAAUGACGUUGAAUAUUACAUAGGUGAAUCUUCUUUUUGUACCAAACCUGGAAAUACUGACCCUAAAAAUAUAUGCAAAUAGUAUGCUCCUGCUUCAGGUGAUGAAGCCAGUUGUUUUUCAGGACAGUUUCCCAAUUUGCAUGCAUGUGUUGCAAAAACUACUGGAUAGAAAUGCUAUUUUGAUACUACUUCAUUUAAAUGUACUGUUUUAGCUGAUGCUGAUAAACCCAAAAUACUAGACUAAAUAUUGUGUAAAUAAGCAAAUCAAGAUCUUUGUGUAUUGGUUACAACAAAUGAUUAAAAUUGCCAAUGGGAAAAUACAGAAAAGAAAUGCUAUAAUCCAGACAAAUGUAGCGAAGCAUCUUCAGCAGCAACUUGUAAAGCUGUUACUUAACCUUGUGUAUUUGUUGAUAAUAAAUGCCUUCUAAUUAAAAGUGUAAAUGCUAAGGAUUAUAAAUGCAAGGAUGCUAAUGAUAAUGAAAAAGCCUGCUAUAAAGUUGCAGGAGAAUCUUGUACAUUUACUGGUGGAGCAUGUAAUAAAUUAACCUAAGAUCUUGAUAAUGACACGUGUACAACAUAUACAGCUAAGGUGAAUGCAGUAGCUUGUGCAAAAAUAUCAAAAGAUGGGGAGUAAUGCAAAUAUGACAAAAAUAGUAACCUAUGUGUUACAGCAAUUUCUUCGUAUGGUGAAUGCAAUAUUGGAUAAAAUAAGCAAAAUUGCUUAUAAGAGAACAGUUGUGAAUUUACUGAGACAGAAACAGUCUAAGAUGGAGAAACUACUGUAGAAAAGGAAAUUUAUUAGUGUAAAAAGAUAGAUAGUGCUUGUUAAUAUGCCACAACAAGUGAUGCAUGCAUGUUAGUGCAAGAUUGGUGCGUUUGGGAUAAAUCUAAGUCUUCUUGUCUAAUUGCACCUGAUGUUUCAUGUUUAGAAUAUAAUGAUAGUAAUUUUGAAUAUAGUUCAUAUACUUGUGGGAGUGUAUGGGCAUCUGUUGAUACAAAAAUAUGUUCAUAAAAUGAAACUUCAAAAUUAUGCGAAGAAAUAGUAGCUGUUAGUUGCAAAUCUGCUAAAGAUGAAAUAGAUUGCAAGAUUGUUAAGGCUGAUUGCAAAUUUGAAAAAGCAAAAUGUGUGUAAAAUCUGGUCAAGGCAAAAUAAUGUUCAGAUAAUUUUACUCAAUAUGCUUGUUUGACAGGCUCACUUUUUUGUUAUUGGACUAAUAGUGCAUGUCAUGAUUAUGACGAUCAAGUAGAUAUUAAAUGUGUUUCAGAUUCUAUACCAGAGGAAGAUGUUAAUGCGGUUAUCGCAGCUGAACUGUGUUAUUGGUAUGGUUGCUAUUUGAAAAAAGACACCUUGAAAUGCACUCAAGAUACAAGUGUACCCACUGAAUGUACCGAAGCAGUAUCACCUUCUGGUUGUAAGUCUCUUCCAGAUGAAAAACACUGUUAUUGGGACAUUGAUUCUAAUUGUAAAUAAUUGACGGAUCUCUCCUAAGCUAAAUAUCUCACACUCAAAUAAGUGGCUAACUCUCAAAGAACCUUGUGUGUAUCACCUCAAAAUGAAGGAGAGCUGACUGAAUGGUGGGAAGGAUAAUGCUACUCAGUAGAUUCCAAUCUCUCAAAAUGUGAUGAUGACAUUAACAUACGAGCUUGUGAAGCAGUAUUGAGAGAUGACCCUAUUCAAUUGUGUAUUUAUAAGGAUAAUAAAUGCAAGUAUGCAGAUCCAUUGACAGCUCUUUGUACAGAAACUGUAAAUGUAUUCACCUGUGUUGCAAUUACAACAGCAGGGUAAUUUUGUGUAUGGCUGGGAUAGUAAUGUUAUGCAUUGCAGGAUGAUGGAUUCCCUCUUGGUAAAUAUUCAAAUGUGAAUGCAUACACAUGCACAAAAACAUAUACAAUAAAUGGAUAGCCAAAUAGUAAAAUAACUAAUCCAAUUGGUGUUAAAUUUGGAACUGAUGGUUGCAUAUAAUCAGAUCCAUCAUCUGAUUUAUGUAAUACUCCUGGUUUAAAUUACUAUGGAUGUUUAUAAACAAAGGCUGGAGCAUGUACUUGGAAUGGAUCUAGUUGUGUUCCCUUUACUUAAUUUACUGGAAAGACUAAGUGUUCUGAUUAUCUAAAGGUAUCUGCUGGUGUUUGUGAAUAAAUACCAACUUUAAAGUGUACGUGGAAAAAUUAUAAUUGUAUCGAUGCCACAAGUUAAUUAUUAUGCACUGACAGUUUGAGUUAAGAAGCAUGUGUUUCAUAGAAUACAAACUCAUGCUAAUGGCUUAAUAAUAAAUGCAUAGUUUAGAAUAUAAUUGCUGGUGUCACUUCUUGUGGGGAUUCAAGCACAUUUUCAACUGCUGAAUAUUCUUCAGUCAUGAGUUGUCAAUAGAUUUCUUUUGGAGGAUUACCUUGUAGACACACAGGGAAGGGAUGCACUUCCCAGAUUGAUCUUUUAGUUGCCAAAUGUAAUACUCCAGGUCUAAAUGAUAUUGCUUGUACUAUGAUCACUUUAGAAAAAUGUAUUUAUUUGAAUGGGCAAUGCUAAGUUUAUGAACCAACAUCAUCCCAAUGCAGAUAAUUAGUGAAUGUCUCACCUCAAGUGUGUGCAGAAAUAUCAGAUCCCACAUAAUUAUGCAAGUUUAGUAAGUUAAAUAAUAAAUGCAUUUCUGUCUACAAUUAUGAUUUGUGUACUAGUCCAGGGAUCAAUGAAUUUGGAUGUAAUUCAAUAGGUGUGUGCAAAUGGCAUAAGGAUGAAAAGUAUUGUACAUGUUCAUCAGUUUUAUCAGGAGUGAGAUUUUGUGCAGAUUACGAUUAUCCAACUUGUAAGGUCUAAUCAUAGUAGUGUUUAUGGGAUGAUACUUCCUAAAAAUGUAGAGCCAAACUCUGCUCCGACUUAUCCUCAUCCAAUUGUAACAAUGCUACCAUGAACAAUUAACAUUGUUAUUUCACAUCCAAGAGCACUUGUCGUGGAGCCAAAACAUGCAAUGAUGUCAGAAAUGUUGCUGAUUGUACUAAAUACUUAAUAAAUGGACAAUACUGUCAACCAUAUGUUGAUGAUAUUUGCAGAACCAAAUAAUGUGUCGAUAACUUAACAGACUCUUCAUGUAAUGGGUCCUGUUAUUGGACUGGUACUUAUUGUGCUUAGAGAUUAUGCUAAACAUUCACUAAAAAGGAUUAAUGCUCAGGCACAUACGAAGAUGGCACUUGCUUCUGGCUUAAUGGAUUAUGUGUUGGCUUAGAUUCUUGUUAUAAAUUAUAGACAUAUUAUGACAAUACUGAAAAUUUGAAGAAGGAUUGUAAUGCUGCCUCGAUCAUGGGAAAUCAAUGCUAUUGGCAAUUGGCAUAUCAAUAUGCAGAUUCAUAUGAAUGCUCUCACAAUCAAUGCAAGUAUAGUUGUUAAUGAUUAAUUAGACCUCUGGGAUCGAGCAAAAUCAAUUGUGUUGGAACUGAAAUCAGCAAUUAUGUUUGUAUUCUAUCUUAGGACUUUCAAUGUAUGAGAUGCGAAGAUGUUGUGGAUAAAUGCGAAUGUUCAAAAUACAGUGGAAAUUGCUAUUAUAGUAACAACAAGUGUAAUUCGAUUCAAUGUGCUUAGUAUGUCGAGGACUCUUGUGGUAUGAUCAGCUUUUUGUAUGUUUUUAGCCUUGUUCCCUGACAAAUGUAUCUGGCAUGCUGGAUCGAAGAUGUGUUUGAUUAUUUGUGCCAAGUUGGAUGAAAAGAGUUGCGAGGCCAGACAAACCGCCACGUCUCAGUGUUACUGGGAUUCGAAACUUGAAAGAUGCAAUUCUGGAGUUCCCAGCAAAAUUGUCAUUGACACUGUGUCUCCCCAAAUCGAAGCUGCCAAUAUCACGAUCACAAUUUCAUCUUCAUUUUCACACUUGGUCAUGAUCAUUAUUGGAUUAUAUUUAUCGUAUUGA